UGUUCUACCUUUCUUACAUUUUUUUCUUUCACUGGAGUGACUUACCCUACUGUAUGGAGCCCAGUGGCUCCCAAAUGUCGAUUCCUUGCUCCAACCGCCAAGAGCUGGGGCAGCCAGGGCCACUUUAGGGAAUUUUGAAAGGAAGAUGCUCAGGACAAGUGGUCCUGGCAGCUGCUAGGAACUCACCAGAAAACUCCCCAACUGGGGCCAGCUGGUCACAAACAGCAAGGCUCCUGGCUGGCUCACCAAAACCUGUUGCCGAACCCAAGUUUGCUCUGCUCACUGUACUGCUCAGGCCAAUGAAUUCUAAGAAGAGUUGUUGGGGCGAUGCAUAGCUACUUUAAUUAGAAAGCUAGCAGAUGGAGAAGACGGCAGGCUAGUGUCUUGAGACUUGCCUCAGUCUUAAUUCAGGCUCUUUUAAUACUGAGAAAGGGGAGGGGCAGGGGCCAAUGGUCAGCCACUGUCACUUGCUGGGGGGACAGGCUCACUACAAUGCUGACCAAUGGCUGAAGAGGACCACUAAAUGUCGCUCACUAAUGGUUGCUCACUUACACUCUGACCCCAGCCCCUUUAUCCCUGACUCUAACCUCUAAGGCCAGGCAGUCUGUACAACAGGAUGGGUUAGGGUUUUAAGGGUCACUUGAACCUUUGCUCUACCCUUAUCUUGCACAGGUCAGUUCACCAUCAAAGAAGUAGCCCCAGUAACAUGGAGAUUAUGGCCCACUUUGCCAGUUUGGAUUGGUAGUCCAUGACUUGAACAACCGUCAAGGGUGGCAAUGGUCAUGGGCUCAGCUACUAAUUCCUACUCCUUUCCCUGACCUUGAUACUGACCCUAAAAAUGAAAGGUGACUCUCGUCUGACAUUGACUCUUGACCCUUUCCCUGACCCUCGUCUCCUACUCAGACUCUUACUUUGAUGCUGAGACCAGCUCAGUGAGUGGAGGUGAAGGACGGGUGCUGCAAAGCUUAAGAAAUGUUCAUCGGAAACAAAGAAAGACACAGAGACAGGGUACAGUUAAAGAUGGGACCAGGGGACGCAAGACCUCAUGCGUCAAGAGCCCUGAAUGCCGACGCCUCAUCGUCUUUAUUAUGCUCUCAGGAAGGUAAACAAUGUGAGAAAAUAGACACCCCAAGGCCCUCGGCCUCCAGUCACCUUGAAUUUGAACUCCGACCUUUACUCUAAAGGGCAUCAAUGAGGCUGGUGUUAGCUAUCUAGGCAUAACAUCUUGAGGAACAAUCAGUGUUUUCUCAAGCAGUUUUCUGACUUGAGCUGACCCGGUUUUCCAAAGUCAACACCUUGUCCUCUCAGUUAAUGCCUAACUUGCUGAGCCAGGUCCCUCUAGCCCCUUAUGGUUUCCUUGGGGUUUAGAAAACACAUCCGGAAGAUUUCUCCCCACACCUUGAGCCUUAAUCCUAAUGCUUACUCUGUGACUUUUCGUAACCUUAUCCCUAUCGAGGACGCUUAAGUCAGCUCUAGGGCAGGGCUUUGCACAGGUAGCACUCAAAACUGCUCCUCACACCUGGUUGUUCCUGCCACCUGGAAUCCUGAGCAACAGGUGAGGAAAACGUGACGCUGGAGGUUUUGGAACAGGAUUUGCGCACGACGAGGCCAACUCACCGCCCUGCUGUAAAGCACCCAGGACGCGUCUGAGGGAAAACCGGAAAUUCCUCUUCCGGGUGCAGAGACAGGAAUGAACUGAGACCCCCACGCCAAGCACUGGCACUGUCCCCGAAGCGCGGGCGGCGUCCCCUGGGACGCACCCUCAGGAGACCGCCACACGCCCGCAGGCCCCUGGCUCCUCCAUCGACCAAGCGCAAACCCAAGCGCACGCGACCCUCGCCUGCUCUGCGCAGAGUCAGGGCCAGACGCUCAAGCAUGCGCACUGGCGCGAGCCCACGGUCUCCCCGCGGCCCCCGCUCGAGGAAACGGGCAUUGCGCAGGCGCACAGAGGACGCCCCGCCCCCGGCGCGGCGCCAGACGCCGGGAGCCAGCGACCUGAGAGGAGAUGGCGGGGCGGCCGGGGCCUUCGAGCGAGGAGUCCGCGGGAGCCCUGGGCCGCGCUGGCGAGGCAGGAGGGCAGGCCAAGUCCUCACAAAAAAUAGAAGACUUGAUGGAAAUGGUGAAGAAGUUGCAGAAAGCGGGAAGCCUAGAGCCCAAGGUUGAGGUCCUGAUUAACCGGAUUAAUGAGGUUCAGCAAGCAAAAAAGAAAGCCAGUGAAGAGCUGGGAGAGGCCCGGACUGUCUGGGAGACCCUGCAAAAGGAACUUGACUCAUUGAGUGGAGAGAAAGUACGCCUGAAAGAGAUCUUGAGCAAAAAGCAAGAGACCCUGAGGAUCCUCCGGCUCCACUGCCAGGAGAAGGAAAGUGAGGCACAGAGGAAGCAAACCAUGCUGCAGGAAUGCAAGGAGCGAAUUUCUGCCCUGAAUUCCCAGAUCGAGGAAGAAAAGAACAAACAGAGGAAGCUGAGGUUGGAUUUUGAAGAACAGCUGGAGGAUCUGAUGGGCCAGCAUAAGGACCUCUGGGAAUUCCAUAAGCCAGAGCAACUGGCCCUGGAAAUUGAUGCCCUGGACAGCAACAAGGAACAGUUGCUCAAGGAAGAGAAGUUGGUGGAGGCAAAGCUGGAGGAUGUGAAGCAUCGUCUGUGUUCCCAGUUUGGAGCCAAGGGCUGCUCAACCAUCACUGAGGGGCUCUUCCUCCGCAGCCAGGAGGCAGCAGCUGUGGUGCAUCUGUUUGAAGAGGAGAACAGGAAGGCCCAGGAGCUCCUGGGGGCUGCUGCCCAGCGCCAGGAGCAGCUACAACAAAAGUGCCAGCAGCUACAGCAGAAGAAGCAGAGGCUGAAAGAAGAGCUGGAAAAGCUUGGGGUGCAGGUCCCUGCUCAAAGCCAGAGAAAGCAAGAGGAAGGAGCUAGCCCAGGAGAAGCUGUGAGCCCUGGAAUCGGGUGCAGGGAGCAGAGACAGCUCAUGAAAGGAGCUGGGGGUGGGAAGGCAAGGAGGGGGUCUGCAGAAUCCUGAGAAGAUGGUCUUCAGGGAAAGGCAUUCUUACAGGGACACAG